AGAUAAACCAAGUCUGAUCCCUUUGUAGUUUAUAUCUACCUAUUUACACUUGGGUUGUGGACACCCUAACAAAAAGCCCAACUCACCCAUCAGUCCGGGACCAAAAACUGCCUCAGUCUCGGUCGGUCCUUCCGCCUUCGCAAUUCCACAGCCUUUGAAUUUUCAGUUUUUUUUUUUUUUUUAAUUUCUUUUCAAAAGGGCUUCAUAAAAGAGUGAAGACCUCCGCUCUACAUCGCUCCAUUUCUAUUGGCCCCUAAUUUGAGAAUGACCGGAGGCGGUCGACGAAGCGCUCGAAGCAGAACCAAAUCCUCCACCGAUGUCAACGAGGAAGAUGAGGCUCUCUACAAAAUUAAACCAAACUCCAAACUCCGCAGAGUUAAAGCUAAAGAUCACGACAACGCGCUUCGGAUACUCAACGCUAAUCUUAAAAUCAUGCUAGGUUUCGUCCUCGUAGCGGCCUUAAUUAUCUUCUUCUUAGUUAAGCAUCUCAUUAAUCCAGCUGAAGAAGCUCGGAGCCCUAGAGUCGUCACUCCAUUUCCCGCUCCCAAAAUCACGGACUUACCACAGUUUCAAGGAGAGCAUAAAGAGACCUUAUACUGGGGAACUUAUCGUCCUCAUGUUUAUUUUGGAUUUCGUGCCAGGACUCCUCGGUCUUUAAUCGCUGGGUUAAUGUGGAUUGUUAUAAAGGAUGGCAGGUACUUUAUGCGACAUGUUUGCCAAGAUUCUGAUGAGCUGAGUACAUAUGGUUGGACAAGUCAUAAUGGACGCGAUUUUGGGCAUCAACUUCUGGUUGACCAGGAUAUGACUUUGGCCACAAGUUUCUUGAAAUAUAAGGAAGAUGGCAGUGGCUAUGGAGGAGACUGGGCUGUUCGAAUUAAUGUGCAAAGUCAGGGGUGGAAAAAUGAGAUGCAGAAAAAUGUGCACCUUUUUUUCUAUUUGGCUGAUGAAGAUGGAAAUGCUCUAAGUUUAGGUAGCGAUAUCUUGGACAUUCAUGAGAAUUCUCUCCUGGCAUCAGGGUUGCGAACAGACAUUGGAGGUUGGCAGCUACAUCUAAAAUCAAAGGCUGAUUUGGAGGUACAUUAUUCUGGUUUCAGGACACCUCAUAUCCACAAUUUGUCUGAUCUUGUCCAGGAAAACCUUGCAUCCCAAUUGCUAAGAUUUAGUCAGCUGCAGCUACCUGAUAUCUAUCAAAGUUCUUCAAACAUUUUAGUUUUUCAGAUUUCUGGGAGGAUUCCUCUGGAAACAGAUAUUGUCUUUGUAUCUGGAACUGGUAUAAAUUCAAGAGUAGAAGAACGCAUAAACAAUCUUGCAGGUAUCUCACUGACCAAUCGACUAAAAGAGAAACAAAGAGAAUUUGAUGCCAAAUUUGAGAAUUGCUUUCAGCUUGCUGACAAGCUUGAUUCUAAAUCCAUUACUGUGGGCAAGGCUGCUAUUGGAAAUAUGUUGGGUGGCAUUGGCUACUUCUAUGGCCAAUCAAAAAUUUCGGUUCCCAGAAAUCCUGAUGUUAAAAGUCAUGAUGAUUUUCUUCUAUAUUGGCCAGCUGAGCUAUACACAGCUGUUCCAAGUCGACCAUUCUUUCCAAGGGGAUUUCUCUGGGAUGAAGGUUUUCAUCAACUACUAAUCUGGCGUUGGGAUCUUCAUAUAAGCUUGGAUAUUGUAGGACACUGGUUAGAUUUGAUGAAUAUUGAUGGCUGGAUUCCUCGUGAGCAAAUUUUGGGUGCUGAAGCGCUAAGUAAGGUUCCAGCGGAAUUUGUUCUACAGCAUUCAAGUAAUGGAAACCCACCAACACUAAUUUUGGUUUUACGUGAUCUUGUUAAUGGUAUAAAGAAGAACAAGUUCACAGCCAUUGAAAGCAAUGAGAUCAUUACCUUCCUACGGCAGGCUUUUGUUCGGCUCGAAGCAUGGUUCCAAUGGUUCAAUACUACCCAGUCAGGGAAGGAUAUUGGUAGCUAUUAUUGGCAUGGGAGAGACAAUUCAACAAUUCGUGAACUAAAUCCAAAGGCACUUUCCUCUGGGCUGGAUGAUUACCCUCGUGCAUCACACCCAACUGAAGAUGAGCGUCACUUGGAUCUUAGAUGUUGGAUGCUUCUUGCAGCAGAUUGCAUGGAUUCCAUUGCAGGAUUAAUUGAUAAGGAAAAUAAACCUGGAAAGGAGUAUGGUUCUACAGCUAAGCUGCUUUCAGACUUUGAUACUCUGAAUAAGAUGCACUUUGACCAUGCUUCUGGAGCUUACUUUGACUUUGGAAAUCAUACAGAAAAGGUCCGUUUAAGUUGGAAAGAAGUGAUGGUAGGAAAUAAUCAUGCAAAUCGAGAGCUUGUUCGGGAGGUAUUGGAAAGGCCAGAGCUGAAAUUGGUUCCUCAUGUUGGUUAUGUCAGCCUUUUCCCAUUUAUAGCAAGAAUUAUUCCACCUGAAUCAUGGAUUCUGGAAAAGCAGCUAGACCUAAUUUCAAACCGGAGCAUCUUAUGGACUAAUUAUGGACUCCGUUCGCUUGCCAAAACCAGCUCCUUGUACAUGAAACGCAACACACAGCAUGACCCACCUUAUUGGAGAGGUCCAGUUUGGGUGAACAUAAACUACAUGAUUCUUUCUUCGCUCCGGCAUUACUCCUUAGAGAAUGGACCGUACAGAGACAAAGCCAGAGCCAUUUAUGAUGAGUUGAGACACAAUUUAAUAAGAAAUGUAGUUGAAAACUAUCACCAGACCGGGUUCUUCUGGGAACAAUAUGAUCAGAAGCAGGGAAAGGGAAAAGGUGCACGUGUAUUUUCCGGUUGGACAUCGCUUGUGCUAUUAAUCAUGGCAGAAGUUUACACUGAAAUGUAGGACAUUUUGAUGUAACUUUUUUUGGUGGAAAAAAAUAGUGAUUUCGAACUGCAUUAAAGUUCUAUAGAAAACAGGUAAAAAGAUAUGCAUAUUUGCAGGUUUUCCUUGCAUCUAUGCCAGGCAUAAUGUGAUAAUGUGAAUGCUUCUUAACUCCUUUUAUUGUACGCGUGUAUACUGUAUACUUUUUUAUUACAACUGGAUUGGAAGUUAGGAUCCUCAGCCUUGAAGUUAGCCCUAAAUAAUUAAUUGGUUAUACCGCAUACCCUAUAGCAGGGUUUACUUUUAUCUUGUCAUGAGAGCCCAAGUAAAACCGACAAUUGUAUGCUUUA